GCAUCCUGCCUCAGUGUGUGUUUGUGUGUGUGCUUGGCCUGUAGCAUGGCGUCUCUCGGCCUCCUGCUGCUCAGCACUGCUCUGAUCCACACCGCUCAGUCUCUACCUGCAGCUCGUGCUGGGGGUCAUGGCCUGGAUGUGUCAGUGGGUGGAGUCAGACGCCAGCGCAGAGACCUCCCUAACCUGCUGCCUUAUGAAGACCAGAUGAUGUCAUAUCCUGCCAUGCAGGGAGGAGGCAGGGCCAAUGACCUUUACUACCAAUCAGAUGACUGGAGGGGGAGGGGCUUGGACCAGGCACUGCAGCGAUUGGUGGAGAGAGACCAGAGGAAGGAGCAGGAGGAGGAGCAGCGAGCAGCCUACCUGGCAGCUCUGCUCCGCCUACUGAGCGAGGCAGAGAGCGCAGGACUGGUUGGUCCGGGUGACGUGGAAGUGGUCGAGGAGGAAGAGGAUGAGGAGGAUGACCAGGGCCCCACAGGGGACUUCCAGGGCCCUGCUCCUGCAGACUAUGAUGAGACUGGAAGGGGGAUGAGCAUGGGGAGGCCCCGGGCCGCCUGGUGGGGCCUCGUGGAGCCCCAGCUUGCUCAGGCCCUGCUUGACAGGAUGGAUCCCCGGCUCGCUCAGACGCUGCUGGAAAGAGCAAAACAGGAGAGACGUCAGCAGGCUGGACGAGUCGCAUCAGGACUGAGCCGAGACCAGGACACUCUGAGGCGGAUGGUUGCUGGGAUACUCUCCAGCAUCGGUCCUAACGGUGUCUCGGUCGCCUCCUCUGGUCGCAGAGCGAAGAGGGACCUGUCAGCCAAAGCACCUGAGCCUGUUAGCUCCGCCCACAGAAGAACCCGCCGUUCUCUUGACGACCUGGCUCCCCCUUCGCCUAGCAACGACCCUCCCCUCCUCAGGGUGAAGAGGCUGGAGGAUUACGAUGGAGAGGAGCAAGGUGAGAAGCUGCACCCCCAGGUGGUCGGGCUACAGAGGAUGAAACGCAUCGACACUACGUCAACGGGCGACGCAGAGGAACUGAAUCAUGGGAGCCGUAGGCGCCGGAGGAGAGCUGCUCUGAACUACGACCCACAAAUAUUGGUUGAUCAGAUUCUGGAGUACAUGAGGGAGUGAGGAGUAGAGAAGAGAGUAUACGUUGUCAUUCGGGUUUUUAUUUGUGCAUCUUUUUCAUUUGUUCCUGCUGCUUUCGUGAAAAUUUAUCAGGUUGUUUGUUGUAAAAAUGAGGAGAAAUGGAAAACAGAUGGAAGAAGGAUAAAACGGUUCUGUUUGUGCAUCUCUCUAAAACACUACAUUUCCCAUGAGCCUCAGCAGGCAUUGUUCCAGCACAUUCAAUGAACCAAAAUCUAAAAAUGCACCUGAAUCAAAUUUGUGAAAAGAAACUUCUUUCUCAAGCUCUCUGAUUGGCUGAUAAUCUACUGCAAUGGUCUCUGGGGCUUGUAGUUAGACUCUUCAUUACUGUAAUGUGGCUACAUUGUUACAGGUUCGCCAUUAAAUCGAGCUUCCUUCUGUCAGAAAAGAUGGAGAGAUGGUGGAAAGUGGUGAUAACCUUGGCAAAAGCUCAUCAGCUGUGUGAUCAAUACGUUCUCGUUGUGUUCCUGUACUUCAGCUUGUGAUGAUUCGUCUGUCUGUGGUGAAAUUUGGAUUCAUGUCACACUCAGAAAUAAAGUCGGUAAAGUCGACCUUCA